CUCGGUGCCACUAUGGAUCAGGGGAGCAGCAGCAACAGCAAUGGCAACACCAUUGAGAUGGGCCUCAUGGGGGAAAACAACAGCGGCCAGCAGCUGCUGCAGCAGCAGCAAGAGGACGUCGAGGCGCCCGACGUCUCCGAGGAGGCCCCCCUGAAGGCCGCAGAUGGCCCGCCGACUGCAGCCACCAGCAGUGCAGUGCUGACCCGCCCCACAUAUCUCACCGCUUUCGGGUUUCCGCGCUUCUUCGCGUCAUGGAUCAUCGUGUGGUAAGUUACUGAAGCCAUGGGAGCCACCGAAUGAAUGUUGUCUGCCUGCAUGGCCAUGGCGUGUUUGUGCAUGUCGCGGUGCGUGCACUGCAGGUAUCAUUUCUACCAGUUUCAGCGGCCGUCUCACUGGGGCUACACCUGGGUGUACUUCUUCUAUGUCCUGUCGGGCUUUGUGCUCACCUACACACGACUCACGGCAAAGGACCCGCAGAAGAACGAUCAGGUGUGGUGUGGGCUGCGAUGAGUGUGUCUCUCUGUGCAGUGCCGGCACAGUCGGGGGCAAUGCCGCACUCUCUCUCUCUCUCUCUCUGUUUUUGUAUGUGUGUGUGUGCAGGAGGGUUACUUGAUGUUUAUAUUCCACCGCAUGAAGGUACGGCACUACGUUCACUGCCUUCACUGCCUUCACUGCCUUCUACUCCGAGACAUUAGGGCAUCUACCCCAUGUACGUCUUCUCCCUCCUUCUGGGCGUCUGGAACGUCCCCGCGCCCCCCUGGUCGGACCUCGCCUUCCUCCCCUCCAUGGUCCUUCUCGUACACGUCUGGCGGUGGGACCUCGGCCUAGAGGACAUCCCCUUCAACAGCCCCUCCUGGUUCCUCAGCGUGUUGUUCGCCUUCUACCUGCUCUUCAAGCCGCUGUAUGCUGGAGUGACCAGGGUCAACCGGUGGGGCCUUUAUGCUAUCAUGGCAGCCUGCAUUGUGUGGCCAGGUCAGGUACCAAGACAGAGGGAGAGGGAGGGAGGGAUGGAGGGAGGGAGGGAGGGAGAGGGGGAGAGACAUGGAGGCACUUGUCUUGUUCGGCUCGGUUUGUUUCGUUUGUCUGUCUGUGUUUGUGUGUUUGGAUCGGGUCACAGGGUUUUGUGACCGCGCCUCGUGGCGGUGGGGUUACAUGUUCUUCAACCUCUACCCGCUGCACUUUGUCCCCAUGUGCGUCCUCGGCAUGGGCGUCGCGCGCAUCUUCGCAGAGAACUUUUACAACCCCGACACAAAGAAACUGGAAAUCGACCCAACCAAAGUGACAAGACAGGACAAGCCUGUGUGCAAUGUCUGUGUGUGUGUGUGUGUGUCUGCCUGUGUGUGUGGCAUAGGUGUCGUUUGUCUUCAAAAUCGGCGUCAUAUUGAGCUACGCGAUAGCCUUUUCCAUCUACUUCACGCUAGAGAUCACCUCGGAGCUGGGCUACAACCUGGUGUGGUACGUUCUGUACCCCCUGUGGACCCUCCUCAUCUACUCACUCGCCAUCGGCCUCGACCCCCUGGCAAGGCUCAUGACCCAUCCCGCGCUCGUGUGGACGGAAAACCUUGCUUGGCCCAUCUACAUCUGCCAGUACCCCGUUUUCGCCGUAAAAAAGCCACACACACACAAAACACACAUGACACACGACACACAAUCCCCAACACGCAGACCUCGGAGAGACACACAGCACGACUUUGGUUCUCUCUCUCUCUCUCUCUCUGUGCAUGUGUGUGUGUGUGUGUUCAGGCGGGUCAGAGGUUCGUGGGCCCCUGGAUGCUGGAGAAUCCUCUGGCCAGAAACCUCACCUUCACGGCGGCGCUGGCGGUGUUUUCCGUGUUUGCUCACUACGUCGUGGACGAGCCCACGCGGGCAUUCCUCAAUCUGGGCAAGAGGGGCCACAAGUAGAUAAACACAUCGAAAGGAGUUGUGGGGGCUGGUGGGGUGGGUGAAUUGCUGAGGUGACAACUUGAAUGAAUGGUCAUCCCUGUUAAGUAGUCAUAACAGAGCCCACAAUGAGUCAACUGUAAGGGAGCAAUGAGUCAACUGUGCUGCAUGGAUCUUUGUUUGCUAUUGUUUGCCUCCCCUGAAUGAGCGAGAUCCCGGCGACAGAGAUGCCUGGAAGGCGGCCACACACAGACACGCCAUAACUGGCCAUCCGAGGCCAUCAAACCUCCAA